UAUUGGUGCAUUCUUCGGUGGAUACAUAACAAAGAAGUUUAAAUUAUCACCACGGAUGUUCAUUUUGGUAAUUCUGAUACUUCAUGCAGGCCAGAUUUUUUUCGGCGGUGGAGUUAUCUUUGUGGGAUGUGAUCAACCUAAAAUUAUUGGUCCAAAUAUGCAGCAUUCCAUUGCGAUAAAUAUGACUGAGGACUGUCAUUGCGAUCUUAAAGACUAUUUCCCAGUUUGUGGUUCAGAUGGUAGGAACUUCCACUCUCCUUGCUAUGCUGGAUGUAAAGAAGUGGUUAGAAAUGGAAGGAUGUAUGCAAAUUGCACAGUUAUUCCCGAUGGACAAGCUUCAGCCGGGCUGUGUCCGUUCGAAUGCAAUACACUUAUUCCUUACCUUCUUCUUAAUGUUCUUGGCUAUGCCAGUGGAUCACUGAAAAUUAUGCCCAUGUUCCUGGCUACUAUUCGGAGCGUUGAAGAUCGUGACAAGUCUACAGCAGCAGGAUUGAAAUCGGUUGCUGCUUCUCUUCUAGCAUUUAUUCCUGCACCAAUUGUGUUUGGAAAGAUGAUAGAUACGUCUUGCAUCCUAUGGAAUUCUGAUAGCAGUCGGAAGGGAUCGUGCUCGUUGUACAACAUAGCGGAACUCCGAAUUGGUAUGUUUGGAACUGUUCUGAUUUACAAAGCAGCUGCACUAAUUUUUAUGUUACUGGCUUUAUGGAAAGUUUGGUCAAUUAAGGAUUGGGAAGAACUCAGGAGAAAGAAGACAGAUCAUAUAAAAAUGAAUGGCGAUGCAGAGAAAGCUGUCAGUACCGCACAUAAAUAAUAUAUGUUUUACUGAUGUGAGUUACAUUAAUAAAAUCCGUUAUUA